AAAACCCCCUCUUUGAUUUUAUUAUUACUCUCUUUUGACCGCACCCAAAUCCAUAAAUCUGUCCCUCUCUCUUAGCUCAAUCACCACCGUCUCCCGUUUCCCAUCUGCCCCUUUUUCUGCCGUCCAUUUCCAUCUUUUCUUUCGUCAUGUCAUUAUUCAAAAUGUUUGUAAUUUUAUAAUGAGUUUGGGGCAAAAAAACUAGGGUUUCUAUUUCUAAUUCGAACCCCAAGACCAAGCCAAAUUCCAAUACUUCUUAUUGUUGUUGUUGUUGAAGAUUUUUGUAUUGUUGUUGUUGUUCUUGUUUUUAUUGUUGUUCAGGAGAUGAAGAGAUUGAGAUCAAGCGACGAUCUGGAUUCGUACGGCGAGAAGAACGCAAGUAAGGACUCGUCAAACCCUAACCCUAAUCGUUCUUCAACUUCUUCGCAUCGUAGUUUUUAUUACAAGUCUGAUAAUGUACGUAAGGGUUUGGUUUCUACCUCGUCAUCGUUGUCGAGGUAUGAUCGUGAUCGAUCUUUAGAUGAUGAUAAUCGGAAUGUACGGAAAAGAUCAGAUCAUGAUUUUGAAUCUUUUGAUAGGAGAAAAGUUGGGUUUGAUAGAUACAGUAGUGGUGGUAACGAUAGAACAAUUCAUAGAUCAGAGAGUUUUUGUGGGCCCAGAAGAGAAUUCCCGAAAGGGUUUCGGUCUGAGAGAGACCGUUCUCGGAGGGAGGGGUCGGUGUCAUCCUGGCGAAGGUUUGUGAGUGGCUGUAAAGAAUUUGGGAGUGAAAGAAAGGAUUUUGGAGGUGGCAAUAAGGAAUUUGAGGACAGUAAUAGAGGCGGUAGUAGGGACGAUAGAGUAGGGAGUGGGAAGGGAUUGAGGGAUGUAAUCAAGUCGCCAAGUUGGUCAAGGGAUUCGGGGAGUGAGCAAUCAAGGGCGAGAGGAUUGGGGGACUCAAAGUCCAAGUCAAAGUCCAAGUCAAGAUCAUCGCCAACUUGGUCGAAGGAUUCGGUGGGGAGUGAGCAAUCUAAGAAUUUGGAGGUGGUGAAGAAGAGUGAGGAGGUUAAAAUUGAGGGUGGUGGUAGUAGUAGUGAGAUGGAGGAAGGUGAGCUUGAGCCUGAUGUUGAGCGUGAACGUGUGCAGGAUACGGUCCCUGCAGAGGUUGAAAAUAAAAAUGAAGCAAAAGACAAUAGUACUGGGGCUGAUAAUGAAAAUAAGAAUGUUGAGGAUGGAGAAAAUGUCUUGGAGGAAGCAGAGCAAAAGGGAAAUAAAGGAAGUAUAGGUGGGGAUAAAAAAGAUGAUUUAUUGGAAGUUAGUGAGUCGGCGGAUAGUGAGAACUUGAUUGUUGGAAGUGGUGAUGAAAAUGGUAAAUUGGAUGCUGAUGAGGUUGAGAAGGAGAAGGAAGAGUUAGAGGAAGAGGAAGAGGGUGAGGGUGAGGAGAAGGAAGAGUGUUUGGGUAAGGGUGAUGACUGUAAGGAGGAAGCAACCAAUGAUUUGGUUGUUGAGAAGUCUACAGGUUUAGAAGAGGGAAGGAAGGAAGAGAAGGGCAUUGAUCUUGAGGUAAAAGCAGAGGAGGUGAUUGAAGUGCCUCAGUCCUAUAAGGAGCAAAUUGUGGAGGAAAAUGGAGGAGAUGAUGUAAAUUCUCAUAUGGAAAUUGAGGCGCUGAACCAGAGUUUCAAGGACAAAGGCAAAAGUGUGGCUGUCACACCAACUCACGAUGCUGAUUCUGCAGAAAAUGGUGUAUGGAUUGAAAGGGAAUCAAGAGUUGCUGCAGCAUGGAAGUCUGAUGAUAUGGAAGGACCAAGUAAUAGGGGCUUUGAUUUGUUUACUAGCUCUCCUGUUAGAAAAGCAGAGGAGAAAGGAGAACAGUGCUUCAAUAACAAGGUCAGAGAUGAAAAUCUGGCUCUGGAACCACUUGAUCUUUCUCUAAGUUUACCAAAUGUCUUGCUACCAAUUGGUGCUCGAGAUACAACUGAAGCCCCUGGUUCUCCUAGCCAGGGGAGGAGUAUUCAAUCCUUAAACACAUUUCGUACAAACUCUGAUGGGUUUACUGCAUCAAUGUCUUUUUCUGGCUCUCAGUCAUUUUUUCAUAAUCCAAGCUGUUCAUUAACGCAGAAUUCUAUGGACAACUUUGAACAAUCAGUUCAUAGCCGCCCAAUAUUUCAGGGAAUUGAUCAGGUUUCUCAAGGAGCUUGGCAGGGACAAUCUCAGAAUGAAUCCAGUAAGCAUAAAGAAAUUCCAUUGUUUCAAAGGAUUUUGAUGAAUGGAAAUGGCUCAAUCCAUCAGUCUCAAGGUAUUCCAAAUGGUCAACUUGAACAAGUACAACAUGUUAGGGGUUCAGAAGGAAGCACUAAAAUGCCCAAUGGACUGGAAAGGCAGUUGAGUUUCCAUAAACAGAAUGAUGUCCGUUCCCCUUCCAACAGUGUUGGAUCACAUGAAAUGGGUUCAAGUUAUAGUUUUGAGAAGAAGCGAGCUAUGAGAGAGAAACACAGUGGUGGUAGCUUAUAUAGGAGUGGUAGCCAGAAAGAGCAGGAACUUCUGAUAGGUGGAGUUGAUUUUGUCGAGACAAUCAUGGGGAGGAUAGUAUCAGAUCCUUUUCAUGUAAUGGCUAGGAAAUUUCAUGAUAUGACUGCACAAUCCAUAGCUUUGGUUAAGGAUAGCAUCCGAGAGAUCAUGUUAAAUGCAGAUAAGAAGGCUCAAUUACGUGCUUUUCAGAAUGCUUUACGCAGCAGAUCUGACAUAAACCCUGAAGUGCUAUUAAAAUCUCAUCGGGCUCAACUAGAAAUUUUGGUUGCUUUGAAAACUGGACUACCAGAAUAUCUUCUCAAUAAUGGUAUUUCUUCAACUGAUUUGGCUGAAAUUUUUCUAAACCUUAGAUGCAGAAAUCUUACAUGCCAGAAUCCUUUGCCUGUGGAUGACUGUGAUUGCAAAGUUUGUGCAAAGAAGAAUGGUUUUUGCAGCUCAUGUAUGUGUCUUGUUUGCUCGAAAUUUGACAUGGCAUCUAAUACAUGUAGUUGGGUGGGAUGUGAUGUUUGUCUUCAUUGGUGCCAUGCGGAUUGUGGUUUACGGGAAUCUUUCAUCAGAAAUGGGCGUAGCCCCACUGGGGCUCAAGGAACUGAAAUGCAGUUCCAUUGUGUUGCUUGUGAUCAUCCUUCAGAAAUGUUUGGUUUUGUGAAGGAGGUUUUCCAAAAUUUCGCAAGGGAAUGGUCAGCUGAAACAAUGUCCAGGGAACUUGAAUAUGUGAAGAGAAUUUUUUCUGCCAGCAAGGAUAUUAGAGGGAAACGGCUUCAUGAAAUUGCUGAUCAGAUGCUGGUGAGACUUUCAAACAAAUCUGAACUUCCAGAGGUUUACAGUUAUGUCGUGGGUUUCCUGACUGAUAGUGAAUCUUCGAAGUUUGCCAACACUCUUUUCUCGGAGAAGGAACGAGUGAAAGUAAGCAAUGGGAUUGCUGCGUCUAGCCAUGACAACACAUGGCUCAAAUCUGUUUAUUCAGAUAAAGCUCCUCAAAUGGAAAGUUCAGCAAGCCUACUUCCUAGUUUUCAUGUUGACCGGAAUGAUAAGCGAGCUUUGGAGUUAGAUUUGCAUAAAAGUUCUCAAAAGGAGCCUCUUUUUGAUGAACUGGAGAGCAUUGUAAGAAUCAAACAGGCAGAAGCUAAAAUGUUCCAAGCACGUGCUGAUGAUGCAAGAAGAGAAGCUGAGGGCUUGAAACGAAUUGCAAUUGCAAAGAAUGAAAAAAUUGAAGAAGAGUAUUCGAGUAGAAUCACAAAAUUGCGGUUUGUCGAGGCAGAGGAAAUGCGUAAACAAAAAUAUGAAGAAUUCCAGGCUCUUGAAAGAGCACACAGGGAGUAUUUUAAUAUGAAAAUGAGGAUGGAAGCUGAUAUUAAAGAUCUUUUACUGAAAAUGGAAGCUACAAGACGAAACCUUGCCAUGUGAUUGAUUUUGCCAGAGUGCAGAAACUUGUAUUUUUAAGUUGUUGAAUAUGCUGUAGGUUUGAUUUGUAGGUGUAUCUUUCAAUGUAGUAGUUUUAUUUCCAUUCCUUCAUGUGCUGCUAACCAAAAUCUGUACAGACACCUCAACAUCUCUUUAUGAUAUAAAUAUCUCCCAUUUGGAAAGCU